AUGGAGGAGCAGCAAGGGCAACCAUGGAAGCCGGUGGUGCUUGUCCUGGUGUUUUGGGCAUUGUCUGCUGCCAAUGUGUACUUCUGUUGGUGCUAUCCUGGCUCAAGCCUGUUGGCUUCAGCAUCACACAUUUCCAGCCUGCUGAUGUGCGUGCUGCUCUCCUUCGUCCUUGCAGUGCCAACCAUUCCCAAGUCGCGAAAACCCUUCAUGCAGGCAAUCUGGUACACCAUUUUGGGCGGCAUGCUCCCUGCUGCAGUAUCGGUUUCAUUGCUACAGUGGCGGCAUGGUGAAUUGCCAGAACCUAUGCUUGACUAUUUUGAGAAUGUGGCACUCUUCUUGGUCGCAUUUGUAUUGCUUGCCCUUUGGGUAGGAGGAGUCGAUACUGUUGGAACUUGGGGCUUGCAGCCCCUGGCUGAGGCAGGUAUCGUCUCUUGGGCACCGGUGGCAUACUUGCAAUCAACCAUCUUGUGGAUUGUGACGCUCUACAAUCUGACACAUAUUGUUGGCAGUGUGGAUGCAUCUGUUCAGCAAGACCUGCCACUAAGCUUGCAAGUGAUUUACUACGUGAUAGUGGCACUAUGGCUGAGUUCCCUCAUUCGUGUCCUGUGCACAAGGCCGGGGCAGCCCAAAGACUUCCAGGGCAGUGAUGAGCAACCAGCCCAGAAUGGCCAGAACUGGCUUUUUUGCAUUUUCUGCCAAUCUCAGAAGCCACCACGGUGUCGUCACUGCGCUAAAUGUGGGGCCUGCGUUCUUCGGAUGGAUCACCAUUGCCCAUGGUUGCGGCAAUGCAUUGGUUUUGGAAAUUACAAGUACUUCGUGAUGUUUAUUACCUACUCCGCAGUGGCCCUCCUAUUCAAAGCGGUGACUCUUCUGCUUUUCUCCAUCAAGGCCUUCCAGACUGAGAUCACCUUCUGCACCAAGCUAUGGCUGGUUUGCACCGAGAUUUUAGUCAUAGCCUUGGGAGGUACGAUGGUGGCCUUUUCAGGCUUUCACCUCUUCUUGAGCAGUAAGGGAAUGACGACGAUCGAGUUCUUGACCAGGCACGAGAAAAGUGAAAAGAAGAUCAGUUUUGAUCAAGGCGUCCUUGGCAAUCUCCAAGCUUCCUUGGGUAGAAUUCCUCUAUUCUGGCUUCUUCCGGCCUGUCCACCAAGUGGAGAUGGCCGAAAUUUCCCAUACACCGUGAUCCCCCAAGAGCUUGAGUCAAAGAAGGACCAAUCUGCGGAGUCGCGCUCGCUGGCACUAGCAGCGCCACCGACAAAGAGUUCUUUGAAAGAAAAUCUGAAUCAGAGAAAUUCGAAGACCUCUGAUAUCCGUGCUCCUUCCCAGCCUUGCCUGCAAAGUACGGCUGAACCCACGUGUUUGGAACAGCAGCAGGACGGCUGUGUCGCUGCUGAUGGCUUUGGUGAAGACCGUGUAGAGGACGGCCCUGCCUGA